UCUCGCCCACACCCGGGGGAAUGCCGUCCUCCGGGACUCGGCUUCCGUCUUCUCCCUGCACCGUGUCUCUGAUGAACUCCAUCCACCUCCUUCCCAGACACUUCCCACUCGCGGGAUCCUCAGACUUCCGUAGUCCUCAGCCACUGUGGGACCUGCCUGUGCCUGCUCUGGGACAUCCUGGGGGUUCUGACUCCUGUCACUGCGACCUACAUACUGGGAGACACGGCUCUGGAGGAUAAGACAGCUUAUUCCUCAAGAUCAAAAAAGGAGACGGCGUGACGCCUACGAGGGAUUCCCAAAAGAAAGGCUCCCAUCCUGGAGCCCGUGGGGCCUGCUUCCGGGGGAGGCUCCCACCCACGUGCAGGAGACAGGGUGUCGUCCGACUCUGCCAGAAGAGGCUGCGAGCCGCAAGUCCAGCCAGCAGUGACUUGCCAUGAACCCGGGGAUGCACUGAGUGGUCCUGCUUCUGAAGUGAGGAACGCAAGCUAACUGUACAAGAGGACGACCCAAGGGCUUAAAACUGCAAAGGUUUGCACCUUGGGAGCCCCUUGGAAUGCUGGCAACUCAGGAUCUAUCGGGAAAUUCUGUGUUAAUGAGUUACAGGAUUCAUGCGGAAGUACACGUCACUUUAUGAGCGGAAAUAAGACUGAGUAAGAAACACUAUGCAGGAAGAAACCUUCCAUAGAAAGACAGGCAGGGAGAAGCUGAGGCUGUCCUUGAACUUGCCUAACAGAGCGAGCCUGAGAUAGACUGCUGAGAUGGCCAGGUAAGAGACGUCAUGACAGAGCAGUCCUUCCCUGUAGUCGCUGUAAGAAGUGUUCCCCUCUGAAUCACGAUACCAAAUAGGAAACAUGAUCUAUAAGUGCCCCAUGUGUAGGGAGUUCUUCUCCGAGAGAGCAGAUCUCUUUAUGCACCAGAAAGUCCAUACGGCAGAGAAGCCCCACAAAUGCGACAAGUGCGAUAAGGGCUUCUUCCACAUCUCGGAGCUUCACAUCCACUGGCGAGACCACACGGGAGAGAAGGUCUACAAAUGUGACGAUUGCGGGAAGGAUUUUAGCACUACGACGAAACUGAACAGACACAAGAAAAUCCACACGGUGGAGAAGCCCUACAAGUGCUACGAGUGCGGCAAAGCCUUCAACUGGAGCUCCCAUCUUCAGAUCCACAUGAGAGUUCACACGGGUGAGAAGCCCUACGUCUGCAGUGAGUGUGGGAGGGGCUUCAGUAACAGCUCGAACCUCUGCAUGCACCAGAGAGUCCACACCGGAGAGAAGCCCUUUAAAUGUGAAGAGUGUGGGAAGGCCUUCAGGCACACGUCCAGCCUCUGCAUGCACCAGAGAGUCCACACCGGAGAGAAGCCCUAUAAAUGUUACGAGUGUGGGAAGGCGUUCAGCCAGAGCUCGAGUCUCUGCAUCCACCAGAGGGUGCACACGGGGGAGAAGCCCUAUAGGUGUUGUGGAUGUGGGAAGGCCUUCAGCCAGAGCUCCAGCCUCUGCAUCCACCAGAGGGUGCACACCGGGGAGAAGCCUUUUAAAUGUGACGAGUGCGGGAAGGCCUUCAGCCAGAGUACGAGCCUCUGCAUCCACCAGAGGGUGCACACGAAGGAGAGGAACCAUCUCAAGAUAUCAGUUAUAUAAGGUGUUCUGCUAGCAGCUAAAAUCUUAAACCCAUAAGUGCCACUAGGAAGGAAACCCUGUAAAUACCUGCAUUGACCCAAGAAAUAUCUGCAGCAGUCCCCAGCAGACUGCUCUUUUGAGGAGGUGUACGUGCGGUUGAUGUUCCGAUUCGCGUCAGGUGUUUUGCACACACAAGUGUGUUCUGCACUUGACAUCGCACUUGGCAUCCCUCUGAGUGUCCGCCCAGGACAGACUGUCAGGGCCCACCAUGGACGUGUGUUGCCCGGGGUUCCAGCCCAAUGCCUCGGUAGUUGAAAUACUACACGAACAACCAUCGUCCCUGCCCAGCUCCCGAGUCAUCUCACUGGGCUUCACUUCCAGGCAACCCAGUCCUAACCCUGUUAGGACUCAUGACCUUCCUUCCCCUCGACUCAAGCAUAUUGGUGAAUGCGUUUGGGAUGGACAGCUCCCACUGAGAGGUGGUCUGGUAUUUCUGAGGUUACCACUUGAUCCAGCCCCUUCGUGUCUUUCCAUGUAGCCCAUUAUUUCUGAACCCACUUUCCUGUGUGUUCUCACAGUACCCACAAAUAUCACCCCUUCCUAGAUGGCAUUCGAUCUCAUUUUAGGUUUUAGGUGACUCAUAAUCUCCAUUCACUUGGCCUGUCAGAGAAGCCAUUGGCAGACUUACAUGCCCUCGAACUUUUUUUGAACUUUGUUUUUAGUUUUGUGGAUUCUGCUAUUCACUGUGUCUCUCUUAGACUUAUUUUCUAGUGGCUGCAUCACAUAUUUGUAACUUGAAUUUUUUUGGGAAUAAUUGAAUGUAAAUAACAGGAAAAAGCAAAGCAGAGUGAGGACUUCGUCCAUCCAGAACUGCCCUCACAGGUCCUGGUGAUGGGGGCACUCGUUGCUAGCUGGAGAGCCCUUGCGAGAAGCCAGGGUAGAAGGAGGCCCUGUCCCACUUGGUCUGUGUCCUGCAGCCCUGGGCAGUACGUGUAGGAGUCCUGGUUCGUCCCCAGGUGUGGCGUCCCAGGCCCUGUGUAGGCAUGAUUGUUGUCGUUCAUCGUUCUUUUCUUUCUUCAUUCAUUCGAGGAGUAUUUAUUGAACACCUGCUGUGUGCCAGGCACUGUCCUAGGUGCUGGGAACACCACUGAACGAGGAAGGCCAGGCCCUACCCUCAUGGAGUUUGCUUCUGGUGGAGGAGACAGAUGAUAAGCAAGUAAACCAUUACAUAAUGUAGUGUGAGGUAGUGAUUAAGUGCUAUGAAGAGAAUAAACUAGGGUGAUGAUUUAGAGUGGUGGGGCGGGGUGGGGGGCAACAUUAGCUAGUGGUCAGGGAAGGCCUUUCCGAGGGCAGCUUGGGAGUGGAGGCCAGGGGCUGGGACGCCCCAUGGGCGGGCCCGGAUGCUGCCGUGGGGCCCUGCCGGUGCGGUUGAGGGACAGCGAAGGCCAGGCACCGGACGUAGUGAGCGGGGAGGGGUGGGUGCUGAGUUGCUUGGUACCCUGACCUUUGUAGGCUUUUUUUUUUUUUUUUUUUUUUCUUUUUGCUAGAUUGAUAUUAAAAACUCAUGUGGAGGAACUCAAGGAAUGUUUAGAAGACCAAAAGUCCCCAAUGACAACACAAAGCAACCAAUUUUUAACUUUGUUUCUCUUCUCAUUCCUAUUUUCAUUGAUUUCCCACAUGUAGUCCUUUUGCUCAGGAAGUCUUUGGGGAAAUUAAGGAUCUUUGAAGCUCUGAAAUAGGUGAUCAGGUUAGUGUGUCUGUCAGCUGUCUAAGCGUUGGAAAACAAACUACUCAGAAUAGUCACGGAAAUGCCGAAACAAAGCUGGAUCUUCUCGCGGUGUUCGAACUGAUUUCUAAUGUUUGACUGGAACGGGCUUCUGACAGCAAAAACUUCCACACCUAAAGACGACUCGAAAGGUGCACAUCAUUUAGUGGGUGGGCCGUGAGCCUCGAGACGGGCUUUGGGGAGAUUGGCAGGGUCUGGAUUCCUGCAGGUGAUCGCUGGCAGGCCGUUGCUGAGUCACUUGACAGGCUUGCCCCCCCCCCCGCCCCGGGGAGGGCUGGCCUGAUUACUUGCUGAAGCCCCUUCCAGGCCUGAACUCCACAGCCGUGUACGGUGUCCUGCGGUGCCCUGCCACGCGUUGGUGUCACACUAGCGUGGCGCAGUAGAGAAAAGCCUAGACUUAGUUGCUAGAGAGCCAGUUGAAAUACCAUUGAUAGAAUUUUAGUUUUAGGAAAACCUGGUUUGAUUUCUAGCUUUAUUACUGUUAGAUAUGUGAGCUUGGGCAAAUCACUUGUUUUUGAGUCUAGUUUUCUCAGCAGAUGAGGACAUUAGGCUAAAGGAUUUCCGAGUUUCCAGCUAGUCCUAGAGUUCUAUAUUUCUACAUAGUUGAAUUAUUUUAUCAUGCUGUUGCUGGGGAAUAUGACUAACACUUUUGAAGCUACUAAUUUUAUGUCGAGCUUUAAAGUCCAUAAUUGUUAUCUUCAGAAAAUAUUAUUUGACCUACAGUAUGUCCAAAUCAAUUUAAUAAAAUCACUUUAUAACAGGG